AUGUUUUUACGCCAAGUUCUAAACAACACAAGAAGACUGGCCCCAAACUUGAGAGCCAUGUCUAGUCAAGGUCCACUGGUAGACCUAACAGUUGACAAUGAUGGAGUAUCUAUAAUGACAUUACAAAGGGCUCCUGUUAAUAGUCUUAACCUUGAGCUACUAAAGGAAAUGAACCAAAAGUUGGAUGAAGUUGGGAAAAAUAAAAGUAAAGGAUUAAUAAUAACUUCUUCAUCUCCAUCGGUAUUCUCAGCAGGUCUAGACAUUAUGGAAAUGUAUAAACCAGAUUUAAAGAGAGCAGAAGAAUUUUGGAGAAGCCUACAAGAUAUGUUUGUUAAAUUAUUCGGAUCUAAUUUUGUUACUGCAGCAGCUAUCAAUGGUCAUGCUCCUGCUGGUGGAUGUCUAAUUAGUAUCUCAACUGAAUAUAGAGUAAUGGUUGGAGGCAAAUUUGCGAUUGGUCUUAAUGAAACCGCUUUAGGUAUUGUCGCACCAAAUUGGUUUAUGGAUGCAUAUUGCCAUACCAUUCCUGUACGACAAGCAGAACUUGCUCUUACAACAGCCAAGAUGUUUACAGUUGAUGAAGCUUUAAAGGUGGGUCUCAUUGACGAAGUAGCAUCUGAUAAAGCGGAUGCAAUCACAAAAUGUAAAGGUUUUAUAAAAAAGUUUGAUAAAAUCCCUCCAUUAGCUCGAUCAAUUACUAAACAGAAAAUUAGAGAAACUACAUUGAAGAACUUUAUGGAAAGAAAAGAGAAAGAUUUACAAGAAUUCUUGGGCUUUGUCAAAACUCCUCAAGUGCAACAAAGUUUAGAAAUUUAUAUUCAGUCGUUGAAAAAGAAGGCUUCUAAU